ACAUUGCUCUUGCAUGUCCUCUUGUUGUUUGCUAGUUUGCUAACUUGGACAACUUGUUUUUUGGAUUACAAUCACAAUGUUUUGGUUGAGGAAAGUAUGUAGUUAGCGGCAGGUAACUGACAUGUGUUACAUGUAAUUGUGGCUACUGUCACGAAUUAAAUAGAUAAUUAUCUAAGAACACAUUAAACUAAUACUAGUGACGUUAGCUGAGAUAACUAGCACAACUUACAUACUUACUGCAGCACUCUUACAAACAAUGUGAGGAAAGUAUGACAUUUAAGUUGCCUACGUUAGCCAAUAUUUGCGCAUAAUUAAACUAUAGCAUAUUACUAAGUGUCAUUUUUCUACAUGCGGAUAUGGACUGUCUUGUCUAAAAAACUGACAUUCAACUUGAAGAACCACUAUCAAUAUGACCUAGGAACACACUUUCAGCUUUUGACGCCAAAACUGUGUUACCUUGUUCCUUUGCUUAUGUAGGCUAAAGCUUGCCUUCCUUUUCUCCUCCACCCUUCACUGUGGUUGUAUGUCUUAAUAUUUCCUUGCUGCUGUAGUGGCUGUGUGUGGAUGAAACUACACAGGCUGCUUCUGGCUGGCUGUAUGAACUGCACUAGGAUGUAUCUGCCAUUUGGAAGGAACUUUUAUCCAAAUCGCCAUUUGAGCUCUGUUAGGUUUUUGUCUUCAAGAAUCGGUGGGACUCGAACCUUUGUCCUUUGGAGUGCUCGUGCAUUACUCUACCCACUGAAGUACACUGUGCCUCUUGGAAAUACAAAACUGGGACUGUUCAUCCGGACUUACAGUGGUGUUGGUCCAAAUGCCAUCUGCAGUCAAACACAGUGGGUGUCAACAUGUCAACCCAGAAGAUCUCAGUCUGCUGCGGUCAGGAAAGAGAAGCUGCUACAAGAAGGAGGUGCAGCAUGGCCUGUGUCCUUUAUCCGCCACGGAGGGACAGACGUUUCCAGUGUGCCUCCAGCUUUUGUAGUGAUGAAGUUUGACCAAGAGGGAAAUGUGACAUCAUUUGAUAAGAAGAAAACAGAGCUUUGCCAGGAGCUCAGUCUCCAGGCCAGAGACCUUCGCUUUCAGCACAGUACCAGCCUCACAACCAGGAACAACUGCAUCAUCAUACGGAUGCAGUCUUUCAAAGCCAUCUUGACCCCGCAGUCCCUUUUGGUGUUGGAUUUUCGUGGUUUUGGAUUGGAGCGUUGGUUGGUUCUGGAGCUGGCCCCUCAGCUAGCAUCACAGUCGAACUCUCUGCCCUUUGAGUUCACAGCACUGGAGGCCAUCCUGCAGCACAAGGUAAACACUCUACAUGCUCAGCUGAAUGAUGUGGAACCAGUAUUGAUGGACACAUUGGAGUCACUGGUGGAUCCUAAAAUCCUAUCGGUUGAUAGAAGUAAACUGCAUAUUCUGCUGCAGAACAGCAAGAGCUUAUCAGAGUUGGAGACCGACAUAAAAGUCUUUAAGGAUACCUUGCUGAAGAUUUUGGAUGAAGAGGAGAUCAUUGAAGAACUGUGUUUGACAAAGUGGACAGACCCGAGAGUUUUUGAGGAGAGCAGUUUGGGUAUUGACCACGCGGAGGAGAUGGAACUCUUGUUGGAAAAUUACUAUAUGCAGGCUGAGGAGCUGGCGAACAAGACCAGAGAGCUGAAAGGGCUGAUAGACGACUCUGAGAGUGUUGUCUUCAUCAAUCUGGACAGCCAUCGUAACGUGAUGAUGCGCCUGAAUCUGCAGCUAGCGAUGGGAUCCUUCUCCCUUUCCCUAUUUGGUCUGAUAGGGGUCGCUUUUGGAAUGAAUUUGCAGUCCUCCUUCGAAGAGGACCCUCGUGUCUUUUGGCUGGUGACCGGCUUCAUGUUCUUGGGCAGCGGGCUGAUAUGGAGAAGACUGCUGUCAUUCCUAGGGCGACACCUAAUGCCUUCAGUACCUCCUUUAAUCCCUCAGGUUUGGAAGAGAAAUAUGAAAGCAUCAGACAUCAGGUCAGGAAUCAGAUGAUUUUGACCUCUGCCCUGUAAAAUUCCACAGACCUCCUACAGACUCUUCAGCUUUAGAGACGAUUGUUUUACAACCUCCGGACCGAGUUUUCUGCAAAAGGCUGGACAUUUUAGCUUGGUAACGCACUUCCUUUGCCAUGCCUAAAGUAGAGGUUGAGACUGCAUUCAAAUCUGUCUGGAGACUGCAAUGUUAUGUGUGUGCUUCUGUGUCCCCCUCAUUUGUUGCACUAUUUAAUGGUUGUUUCAGAAAGUCAUUCAAAUGUCUUCAUAUCCAAUCAUAUCAGUAUUACUCUGCCAUGAGUGGUUUCAUAUCAGUGCGUGGUAAAGUGGCCGCAUUGGAACUUAAACUGAUAACAAUACAACUAACAUAAAAGCAGGUUACAUUAUUGUCCCUCAUUUCAUUCAUAGGUGAAAAAAAGUGUGUUAAACUGAUUUAAAGUAAUAUGAAUCAAUGAAGUUGUAAAAUCUAUUGUCAAUGUUUAUAGAGUGUUAUUUCAUCUGUGCUCAGCAUUUAAGAAUGUGUUAAUCUGAGUGGUUGCAGUGUAACAUCCGUCAGAAAAUAAAGACUUCCAGAAACAUUUA